UAUUUCAGUUCGUGUCAUGUAAAAUGAUUUCAAGUUUUAAAAGAUCAUAAUUUAUAUUUAUUUUUUAUAUAUUUUUAUGGACCUCUCAAAAGACUAUGGUUCAAUUAAUCAAGACGGAAUACCCGGUAAAGUACAUAGCGGCUUGUUCAUUUUGUUUAUUGGUAUACGUGUUUUAUGAUAUAUGUAUAACAGUUGGAACUAAUAACGAAAAUGACAUUAGAACCGUAAUUUCCAAUCAGCGACCUAAAAGAAGUACAAACGGGAUGAAAUCAAAGUAUAUUUUACAAUGGACGAAACGACGAGGAGUCGGUAAAAGGGUAUCCCCAACUUUAACGUGCUCCGAACUGUGUAUUUUCACAGAAGACAAAGGACACUUUGAUGGCGAUUACACGAAAUUCGAUGCCAUAAUAUUUAAUGAAGACAUCCUCUCCGCCAGCGAGCGUCCGAUCAAACGAGAUCCCUCCCAAAUGUAUAUAUUCAAUACCCUGGAAUCGUCUCAUACGGCCCCGGCGUGCGAUGUACACAACGACGGUUAUUUCAAUUGGACUUUUACGUACCGUCUCGACUCGGAUAUAGUGUGGAGUUACUUUCAAGUGAGAAGUCUUAAGGGACAGCUCGUCGCUCCGAGCGUUGCCGUCGUCUGGAAACAUAGCAGCCACCCUGUGAAAAAGAAAAUAAGGACAAUUUUGAAACGUAAACGUAAAGCGGCUGCGUGGCUCGUAAGCCAUUGUAGAGCCGACAGUCUCAGAGACGACUACCUAACCAGACUUCAAGAGCACCUAUUCCAUUUCUCUCUUAAUAUCGACGUUUACGGCGACUGUUCGAAACGGAAAUGUCCUAACGACGCCUGCGACUAUAUGAUACGCAAAGAUUAUUACUUUUACAUGGCCUUUGAGAAUUCGUUCGCUGAUGAUUACGUUACGGAGAAAAUUUUGCACGGUUACAAGAAUUACGCCGUACCUAUAGUUUACGGGGGAGCGAACUACAGCAGGUUUCUGCCGCCCGGCUCCUACAUCAACGCACGCGGAAUGCACCCAUACAACUUAGCGUACAAAAUGUACCAGGCGAUAAAAAAUCGUGACAUUUACCUUAAAUACUUCAAAUGGACGAAUCUCUAUAAGAUAACAUCUGAAUUAAAACCUCAUCCUCUCUGCGAGGUCUGCAAGCGUCUCCACCACAUGGACAGAGAAUAUCCGGCGAGCAAAUACUUCAGACUGUGGUGGAAUCGGCCCAACGGAAUGAGGUGGUGUCUCUCUGACCAGUUCUGGAACGAAACGUCUAAUGUCAAUCUCGACGGCAGACAUAUUUUUAAUAUGUAUUAAUUUUCAUAUUAAAUGUAUAUUAUUUAUUUGUAAA